ACUAUACUUAGGCUACUGGACAUAAAAUUAGCCUGUUACAACGCUGAAUUUCUACUGUCGAACCCUGCUUUGUUGUGGAUGACUGACGAUGGAUUGUCAGUGUCAUGGAGGAGUAUUAUGAGCCGAGGCUAUAUCAGGAGGCACUGACAGGCGAUUAUCUGUACUCUCCGUUACGAUUGAUAAAUACGCAUCUAUUAAUAACACGUGUUUUCUCGCUAGAAGUCCGUCAUAUAGAACAAAUGUGGAUAAUUUCUGCUAUCGAAUACGUUGGGGUGAUUGAACUUGCAGCCCAAAAAUGGCGAUUUCGUUUGGGUUGAUGUUAAAGCGUCGAGAAAACAAAAUUAUAUCUCAUGCAUAAAUAAAAUGCAUCUUAUUUUGAUGAUUUCUAAUCCGACAUAUUUGAAGCCUGAAGUGUUUUAAUGUACACCUGAUGACUGACCUUUAAUUUGGUGAAUUCGACUAUGAGAGCACGGACCAAUCAGAGGAGGGCAGAACUCUACGUCAUCACGUUCAAGAAAUUUCUGCUGUUAGCCUCACAACGGUCGGCUACAGUGUUAAUGUUAGGCAGUCUAAUAUCACAGUCUAAUGGUGCUAGAAUUCACAUAGCAGCACAUCCAGAGCACUCAUUCGUUUGUUACAUCUCAUAGAAGAUCAAUACAGUGUGAACCUCAGCCCACACUGAGCCGGAAAGGUGAACUCUACCCGGGUUGAGGAGGAUGUAGGCGGCUUUGUGUCUCCUGCAGGAUUCAGUCCAAAUAAACAGAAGAUGGUGACCAAGAGGAUCCGCUCAGAGUACAUGAAGAAAUUCAAAGACCCUAAAUGGGAGACUUACACUAAGUGUUAUGAGGAGAUGCUGAAGUACCGGCUCACCCGUAGGCUGCUGGAGCACUCCCACAACCCCUGGUUCUGGAGCGGCUCAGACACUGAUUCAGACUCAGGAGGAAGAAGUCCCACUCCCCCCAACAAGAACCAGGUCCAGGCUGAGACCACCAGGCUGGAGGGGGAGCUGGAAGAGUGUGAGGGAGCUAGGGUGGACAGACAGCAGCAGGAGAGCAUCAGAUCCACAGUGCCGGUACCCAGGCUGCCCCUUCCAGAGGAGGAGGAUCAUGUGUCUGCAGCUCAUGCAUCUCAGAUUGAUGGUGCUGGAGAGACAAGGGUGGCAGAGGAGGAGAGAGAGGAGCAGAGAGCCAGCAGUAGAGGGAGUAAACACAGAGAACCUGACAGAGACAUAGGAGCCCGACCACAGGGAAAUAAAUCCUUCAGACAAACUUGGCGCAACCAGCGGGUCAGACCUGCACCAACACAGCAGUCAAAGGAGGACAGUAAAUAUGGAAGGCAUCCUUUUGCUCUGUAUGGUUCAGGAGAGAAAGAUGCAGAUAUUUCAAACAGGAAAACACACAAUGUUGGUCCUGCAGCUUCGACUACUGAGAUCCAUGAGUCGGCACUUCGGGCUAAGACCAGACGGGCAGUAGAACGUGAGAUCCAGACCCAGAGAGCUGAACGGCGAAGGGCAAAGUCUGCAGAUUUGGACAAGGCUAGGACAAAGAUAGUCCAGCCAGAAUUCAACCCCUGGCUCACUGAGUACAUGCGCUGCUUUUCCGCUCGCUCCCGAUAGGACACAUAUUUCCACACAUUCAAUACAAUCAUUAAAUCAGGACAAAGCCAGACAAAAAUGAAAAAGCCAUUAUUGCCUGUUGCUUCUGAAGUUUCACUACCUGUAGAUGUAGAGUAAAAAGUGGAGGACUGGUUCAUACAAACAGCUUCCAUGUGUUAAUUCAGGAUGUAAACUGACAAAAAGUUGAACAUUUGAAUUUCACUGUGUGGCUUACUUCCUCGCGAAAAAUAUUUUUCACUUGAAAAUAACCUGUUUUUAAUAUGUAAGGAACACUUUACAGGGUAAACAGAAGUUUUAAAGGAAUAAAGACAGCUGCAUAGUUACUCAAAAGAGUCUAAAUGUCAUUUUACACCCAUAUUGUGAUGUGGUUGAUACACAUUUCAGUCUUUUUUUUUUUCUUUUUUUUUGUGAUUCAAUCCACAACAUAAAAACACUGCUAAAUACUUACACACCAUUAGGUGUUUGCUGAUGCUCAAUAUAUUUUAUUUGUAAAAUGUACUAAGUAUUGGUUGUGUUAUGAAGAAAUACCUUUAUGAUCAAAUCACUUCCUGCUGUGAAUUGCUUCUAGUUGGUUUAAAGCUUCAUGUACUGGUCCUGAUGUAACGAUAGAAAAAUCACACUCAGAACUGUAUGAUGGUAAAUGUAAGUGUUGCAUUUUCACAUCAGUGUGUUAACAUACUUAUAUUUCAUUGACUUAAAAUGGUUUUAAAUCACCGGUUGUGUUAAUUUCUUAGGUGCAGUAAUGUAUUUGUAAGUAAAGUAAUCUAUUAUCCUGGUGCUAACAGAAUGUGAAAGCAAUUUGUGCAUCUUUUAAAGUCAUUUGGUAACUGUGAACAGUGAUUGUGAGGUACUGCUUUCUUUAUACAUUUAGUAGAGCUCCUGCAAAACAAUAUCUCACAUAAAAAUGAAAGAACAUAAUGAUCAGACUGAAUCUGAAAAGGGUUAUCAGUUCUGACCGCUAUUGAGCCAAAAGUCAAACUAUAACAAAGAUGGACAUAAAGCCAAAGGCUGUUACUUCUAUUGAGCUCUGCUGUUAUAUUUAUACUGUAGUAGAAAUACAUGAUACAUGUUCCUGAUUUACUGCUUACUGAUUGAAGCAGCAUGACCAAAACACACACUGCACUGCAAAUCACCUUUUCCAUAAUCCUACUUUCAGCUUUUUUGGGGGAUUUUUCAUCAAUUUUUGUGUUCAUAUGAAUGUAAAGAGCAACAAACAAAACUUUGGAUUCAUCAGUUUAGCUCUCAUAAGUAAAACUCUGUGCCAUAAAGACAUAAAUAUAUCAAUGUUGACUAUUAAGUGCAGAAGAAUUAAGAAAACGGAAGGCUUUGAAUUGUGACAUUUUAUAAACUCUUUUGUUGAAACUGAUUUUGAUGUAACUUGCUUUGCUUUUGUAAUAAUUUAGUCAUGUUUAAUCUGUCAAUUUACCACUGAGUAAUCUAGUUUCAUACAAAACAUAACAUUUUGUGCAAUAUUAGGAAUUUUUAAUAAGAUGUCCGCAUUUGUGUGAAUGUGGUGAUCAGUGACGAUCUCAGAAUUUGCUAAUUGACUCCUGCAUUCAAUUCACAAGACCAAAUACACCUCGAACUGUUAUUUUACCUUUAAUUGUAUUGCAAAUUGUAUUGUAUUGCAAAUGUCCAUGAAUUGUAGGCUUUAACGGAUAGAUCUAGACUUUACUUCACUUUAACAAGGCUUGUAACAAUUGCAAAAAAGUUGUAUAAUUUUUGUACAUUUCUAUGUUUACGUUUCAGUCUUGCAAUGUAAUGUAUAUAUUCAAGAUGGUUUAGGAGAAUAUUUUGAGGGUAAAUGGUAUUGUUUGCAGCUUUUAAUAAACCAGUUUUCCACUUA